ACAGCUUUGUGCCCAAUGAACCCACAGUAUCAAAAGGAACAACUGAAGGGCUUCCACCCUUGCCAGUGCAUAGAUCUUGGCCCUGACUAGGUUCUUCUGAAGGGCUGGGAGACAGUCUAUGGUGUGCUCACAUUUGCCCUGAAAUGGGUGCUUUGUUGCUGUGCAUUUUCCACAGGAUUCCUUUUGGCAAAGAGUCAGGAUGACUGUCCCAACCCCACCCAGACUCCUGGACCUCAAAAGAACAAGCCUGCUGAGGGAUGAGGACUCAGUCAUUUCUGCUCUGGAGUUUCUACCUGCGGAGCUCUUCCCACCCCUCUUCGUGGAAGCAUUCCAAGGGCGACACAUUGAGACCCUGAAGGCCAUGGUGCAAGCCUGGCCCUUUGUCCACCUGCUUCUGGGGGCCCUGAUUGACCUGCCCCCUGUGGGGCCCCUACAAGCAGUGCUGGAAGCACUUGACGUCCUGCUUGCCCAGAAGGUUCCCUCAAGUCUGGAGCAUGUGGUCUGGAGCCAACAUCGUGGAUGCACAAGCUCAGGAAGAACACCAGUGAUUGAACCCAGCUCAAUAACAAAGCAGCACUUGGUGCCAUUGAGGGUUUUCACAGACCUUUCCCUGAAAAAAAGGACCCCGAAUAACUUCCUCACCUACCUUCUCCGGUGGGUGGAGCAGAGAAAAGCUUCCAUACAUCUGUGCUGUAAGAAGCUGAAGAUCUUUUCAAUGUCAAUGGACAAUAUCGUGAAGGUCCUGAGCGUGGUGCAGCUGGACUGUAUCCAGGAGGUGCACGUGAGUUGCACCUGGAGUCUGUCCACCCUGGCCACAUUUGCUCCUUUCCUGGGCCACAUGAGUAAUCUGCGAAGACUCUUUCUCUUCCCUAUCCACGUGUCUGCCUUCAGGAAGCACAAGCAGGAUCACGUUGUGCAAAUUACCUCCCAGUUCCUGAGGCUGGGCCACCUCUGGGAUCUUCAUCUGGACUUUCCCUCCUUUCUUGAAGGCUGCCUGGACCAGAUGCCCAGGUGCCUGAAGACCACCUUGCACAACCUCUCAAUAACCAACUGCUGACUUACGGAAUCAGACUUGAUCCACUUGUCCCAGUGCCUGAACAUCUGUCAGCUAAAAAGCCUGGAAAUUGUUGGUGUCAACAUGAAUGAUUUUAGUCCUGAACUGCUCCAAGUUCUGCUGGAGAAAGUUGCAGCCACCAUCCAGGAACUGUACUUAGACCAGUGUGGGAUCAUGGACUCCCAGUUUGAGGCCAUCCUGCCUGCCCUAAACCGUUGCUCCCCGCUCAGUUCCUUCAGCCUAUGUGGGAACCUUCUCUCCAUGGCUGUCAUAGAGAAGAUGCUGCGACACACUGCUGGGCUGCCCUGUUUAAGUCAGGAGAGUUACAGCCCUCAGGGUGCCCCCUGGAAGGCAGACUUGCUCACCUUCGGACUCAGCUGUUAGAGAUUCUGAGAGACUUAGGCCAGCACAGGAUCAUCAGGAUUUUCCUAAGUCCCUGUCCUCACAAUGGUGAUGACUUACAUCGUCAUGUGGAGCCCAUUAUAUAUAGCUAUAGUACCCCUGCCUAGAUGGUUGUCUCUAUGAAAAGCUUUCUUCUGGGCACUUGGAAACAGAAAUCUAGGACAUGUGUAUUUCAUAACAUGAAAAUCUAUGGUUUCAGACAUCAGCUCAAUGUGAAUGGGCAAAGAAAAGAUGAUCCAGUGGAAGUUCAAGAUUGUAGGGGGAAAUGUAGACUCUGGAAAAUGAUGGGGACUUUCAAUGACAUGGGUUAAAUAGCACAAGAAUACGGAAUGUAAUUUUCUGAGUAUACUUGUGAUGUACAUGUUGACAUUAUCCUUUGAUGCAUGAUUGUAAAGAAAUGCUCAGAAAUAAAGAAAUCUUCAG